AUGCUUUCUCGAAUUGCUGUUCGACACGUUUCGCGUAGUUCAAUUUCAAUGGCUGGAGUAAGUAAAUAAAACUAGAGUGUAGUUUGAGAAGAGAGUGUAAACUAAAAUUUUGAAGUGUGACCUUUUUCAUUUUUCUAAAAAAUAAUCUCUUCAUUUCCAUUUUUCCUAUCUACAAAAUGUCCAAGGUUUUGCAAAACCACCAAAUUUUCCAUUUUCAAUCCACAUUUCAUAUUGGUUUUUUGCAGAUUCGUAAAGAACGUGAUACCUUCGGUGAACUCGAUGUUCCGGCUGAUAAAUAUUACGGUGCCCAAACUGCUCGUUCUCAAAUGAACUUCAAAAUUGGUGGACCCGAAGAACAUAUGCCACUCCCAGUUAUUCAUGCUUUUGGAAUCUUGAAAAAGGCGGCUGCUUUGGUCAACACCGAAUUUGGAUUGGAUAAGAAAUUGGCGGAUGCUAUCUCGCAGGUUUGUGAAUCUCUGGGGGAGGGGGAUCUGACUCUGAGUUUGGAGAAUUCGAGCAAGAAUUUGUAUUAUCGAAACAUCAAAAAUUCCACAAAUAAACUCAGAAUAUCUAGAAUUCUGAUUUCAAAUGUUUCUAGGCUGCUGAAGAAGUAACUGCUGGAAAACUCGAUGAUCAUUUCCCACUUGUUGUUUGGCAAACUGGUUCAGGAACUCAAUCAAACAUGAAUGUAAAUGAAGUUAUCUCAAAUCGCGCCAUCGAAAUUCUCGGAGGUGAACUUGGAUCAAAAAAGCCAGUUCAUCCAAAUGAUCACGUAAAUAUGUCACAAUCAUCAAAUGACACUUUCCCAACAGCAAUGCAUAUUGCAGUUGGAAGAGAAAUCAAUUCGAGACUUUUUGCCAGCAUUGAAAAAACUUCGUGGAGCUUUGAAUGAUAAAGCUGUCGAAUUUAAGGAUAUUAUCAAGAUUGGAAGAACUCAUACACAAGAUGCUGUUCCACUUACACUUGGACAAGAAUUUUCGGCAUAUGUUCAACAAGUUGAUAAUUCGAUUGCUAGAAUUGAAGCAACUUUGCCAAGAUUAUAUGAAUUGGCGGCUGGUGGAACUGCUGUUGGAACUGGUUUGAAUACAAGAAUUGGAUUUGCUGAAGGUGUUGCAAGGUUAGAUUUUGAGGGUGUAUUUAGCGAGCUGAUCAAGCUGAAAAUCUAGAAUGCCACGAAAUUUUACUUGAAAAAUUCUCGAGUUCAACCUGAAAAUUUAUCUAUUAUGAGGAGGAGAGGGAUUUGUAGCGGGAUUGAGCUGAAAACCUUAGAUUCCACGAAAUUCUACUUGAAACCCUCUUAAAAAAUUCUCGAGUUCAACCUGAACGUUUUUCAAGCAAAUUUUGAACGUUUAUAAUGAAGCUCCCAACCUUUAAAAUAAUUUUUUUGAAUUAAAAAUUCUGGGAAAGUUCUGAACUUUUCAGAAUCUGAAAUGAAAUUUCAAAAAUUCACCUAACAAUCAUGGAAAUUAUACAAAUUAUUCAAAACUUCAAAAAAUGUCUUUGAAAUUUUCAAAUUCAAAAAUUAAGGUGAAAACCAGAAAUUGAAAUUUUUUUUUUAAUUUACGUCAGAAUUUUUCUUUGAAUUUUUCAAAUUUUUCCCGCGAUUUCGGCUUUCUUCAUGUAGAUUCAUCAGAAUUUUUUCAGGCUUUCAGGAACUUUUAUAAUUUUUUCUAGCUUCUCAUAGAAUUUCUCAAAAUAUGGAUUUUUGUUUUUUUGGUUAUAAGCUCUCAAAUUUCCCAAUGGAACUAAUUUUCUCACGGCUUACUGUAUUUUGAUUGAUUUUUAAUUGCUCAUUUGUUAGCUUUCAUAGCCCAUAAAAUAUAUUAAUGAGCAAUCAGUGAUUUAAAUUUAAAAUGAUCCCUGACCUAUUCCAAUUCAAUUGUUUUUGCAGCAAAGUUGCCCAAAUCACCGGUCUUCCAUUUGUGACAUCUCCAAAUAAAUUCGAAUCACUCGCAGCUCACGAUGCUCUUGUCGAAGUUCACGGUGCAUUGAACACCAUCGCUGUUUCAUUCAUGAAAAUCGGAAACGACAUCAGAUUCCUCGGAUCUGGACCAAGAUGUGGAUUGGGAGAAUUAUCAUUGCCAGAAAAUGAACCGGGAAGUUCAAUUAUGCCAGGAAAAGUGAAUCCAACACAAUGCGAAGCAAUUACAAUGGUUGCUGCACAAGUUAUGGGAAAUCAAGUUGCUGUUUCAGUUGGUGGAUCAAAUGGACAUUUUGAAUUGAAUGUAUUCAAACCAUUAAUUGUUCGAAAUGUUUUGCAAUCAACGAGAUUAUUGGCUGACUCAGCUGUUUCAUUUACUGAUCAUUGUGUUGUUGGAAUUGAAGCAAAUAAGGAUAAUAUUGCUAAGGUAUGCUAUUUGUAUUAUUUUGGGGAUCAGAUAGUUUUUCCUAUAUGACAUUGACACGGUAUAAAAAUCAUUGUUUUCCUUGAGGUAACAUUAACAGUCUUUCCUUUUGAAUAAUAGAAAUUCAAUAAUAAAAAUAAACUUACAAUUAAAAACUAGAAAAUUAACAGUGUUUCAAAUGUUUUUUUUUUCUAAAUUUCAAAGAAUAAUCUAAAAAUUUGCAAAAAUAAAAAUUAUUAUUUUCAAAAUUACACACUAAAAUAACCUUAUUUUCAGAUCAUGCGUGAAUCUCUUAUGCUUGUCACCGCUUUGAAUCCACACAUUGGAUAUGAUAAUGCUGCAAAGAUUGCCAAGACUGCUCAUAAAAAUGGAACAACUUUGAAAGAAGAAGCAAUCAAAUUGGGCAUUCUUACAGCUGAACAAUUUGAUCAAUGGGUUAAGCCAGAGAAUAUGCUUGGACCAAAGUAA